AUGUGGAAUGAGGCGGGUCAACUCGAUGCUUCUCUGCUGCCAUGGCUGGCCAAGUGCCGAGAUGUCGAAUUCUUCAAUGCGAGUGAUGGCAGGAACAAGCUGCCAGCUUGGGCCUGGCAUUCUUUGGAAAGGGCCACUUGGCCGAACCUGAGGGUGGCGAAGUUCCGGGAAUGCUUCGAUAAGUACAGCAAGGAAGUGGACGGAGCCCCUGCCGUGCUGCAGCUGCUGGCACGCAGCCGGCACCUGGAAGUCAUCGAUCUCGAGGAGUGUGGCCACAUCGCAGCGGAGGCUUGGGAGGUGCUGCGGGAGGCACAGUGGAUGGAGCUGAAGGAAGCUGAUUGGUGGGACUGCUUCAGCACAGGUAAACCAGCAUGCGAGAAGGCUGGUGUGGUAAUGCAACUCAUGUCACGCUGCGAGAGCUUGGAGAAGAUUAGUUUGAGGUCGUGCAAUGGCAUAUCAGAUGAGGAUUUCAAGUUGCUGGGCGCAGCCUCAUGGCCCGAGUUGAGGGAGGCCAAUUUUGAUGACUGUUUCGAAGCUUUGACUCGGCAGACGGUGCUGCAAGCGCUGAGCCGCUGCCGAAAGCUGGAGAGCUUGGACUUCACAUGCAGACCCACUGCGGAAGAUCUGCUGGAGCUGCCCAGCGGCUGUUGGCCCAAUCUGAAACUUGAAAAGUGCAGGGGCUUCCAGUGCGAAACAUGGGAUGAAGAUGGUCUUGUGACAGUGAAUGAAGAGGAAACGCUUGCCCUACGCAGGCAGCUGCAGCGCCUCCGAGAAGCAGAUCUGAAGGAAGCGGCCGACAGCAGUGGGUUGUCCAUCCACAUCGAAGAGCCCACAGCGGACGUGCCUGAUGUUGCAGCACCAGGCACAGAUGAAGAAUCGCCGCAAGUGCCCGGUGGUGCUUUGCCCGAUCUCAACUCUGACGAUUUCGAUGGUUCCGAGGAGCAGUUGGAUCUCACCUUGCAGGAGUCAGAGCAGAACCAGGCCAACAGGUUGUCCAUCCAACCUGAAGAACCCUUUGGGCAGGUGGAGAAUGCAAGGGCCAAGAAGGCCAAAGCCAGCAAAUUUCGUGGAAAGGCGAAGAGAGCUAACAUUAAAGUCAAAGCUAAGACGAAGGCCAGAAAGGCGGCAGUAGAUGAGAUGAGUGCCAGAGAAAGCAUUUCCACUGAAGUUGUUGAAGCAGCACACGCCACGGAGGAUGAGGAGGAGCCGCUUGCGCAAGAUGCAACGCCAAAGCUUGGCAAAACGUGA